AUGUUUUCAAAAAAAGAAAAAGUAGCAUUAACUGAUGCCCAAAAGGUUGCACUUUGUGCUUAUGCUCAAGAAAAUAAAAUGACACAAGCCAAAUAUGUUGACUGGAUUGAAAAACAAUGGAGCAUUAGAAUUGAUAAAACUAAAAUCCUUGUUAAAGAAUUAGGAGUUCUACCAGAAACAUUACAAUUUUUAUAUGGCUGGUUGCAAAAAUUUAAAGAGAGAAAUGGUAUUCACCAAUUAAAACUUCAGGGUGAAGCUGCAUUAGCAGAUGAUAAUGCUAUUAUUAAUGCUUUGUCAUUGCUAAAAUCCAACUGGAUGUUACAACAAGUUGAAAUAGAAGAACAAGCAGAAGAAUUAAAAAUGAAUGUUUUGCAAGUCAUUCAGUUUAUAAUUCAAAGCUGGAAAGAGAUAAAUUCUAAAACUAUAUAUAAUUCUGUGCUUGCUAAUCUUUCUAAAAUGCUUAAAAAUAUUAAAUUUUCUGACCUUAUGCAAGCUGAAGAGUUUCUAACUAUCAUAGAAGAAAAUAUUACCUAUGAAGUUCCUAAAAAUAAUCAGGCCAUUGAAGAACUUGUAGAAAUAUUCAUCAAUGAAUGUAAUUUAGAAUAUUCUGACACUGAUAAAAUUGAUGAUAGUUUAGAGACUCCUAUCAUCACAUUUAAUAAAAUACUUAAAGGUUUAGAGACAAUUCACCUAUAUCUACUUCAAUAUGAAAAUACUAGUGAGCAUCUAAAGUUAGUUGAUAAAAUCAAAAAAGUUAUUAGAGAAAAAAAAAUAAAUACAAUGCAACAAGCUAUGAUUAAUAGUUAUUUUAGUUAA